CUCGCCGAAAGUGAACGUUGUGCUGAGACUUACCGAGCUACAAGGUAAGCUGUUGUAUUGUGUUCUCGGUGGUCUGUCAACAAACAAUAGGCUCUGACACAAGGGAAACAAUAAUGUGCAAGACUUGGCAAGAAGUUCCAGGAUUUUCUGAUCCAAAAGAUUCAAACUUUAUCAUAUUUUCACCGACAAUAAGCUCAGACGUCGAACAUGUGCAAAUAUGUGAUGGAGUGAAAGACAACAAGAGAAAGCACAUGUGGUUAGAAUGCUUCGUUGAGAAAAUCGACAGGGAUAUGAACGUUGAAGACGGUUUGUGGCAGUUCAGCGGCCUUUGUGAGUUGGAAUCGAAGAAAUCGAAAACUUCCCGAGAUUACUUCCGCAUUCAUGUUGUUGAACACGUCAACGAACCAGUAUCGGAGUCCAGGCCGGAGAUUCCGUUGGGAGCAAAGGACAAGGUCAAAGGAAACCAUACGCCUGUUUCCGUUCUUUCAGGCAACAUGCAUCUACGUAAUUGGGCAGAUAUCUACGGGAGAAGCCUAGCUGGAGCUAAUGACGAGGCACCUGCGGGUUUGGGAAAGCUCUGCGUCGAUCUCUGCAUGAAAUUCGUGCUGGCAGAUGACUCGCAAGAAACAUUCGAGUUCACUUCGUUUGACUUGAAGAUCUUGUGUGAAUGAAACCACCUUAUCAAC